UGGGGUAAAAAAAAAAAAAAAACUGGACCUGCAACAUUCCUGCAAUUAUUUUGACCUGUACCCUCUAGCUACUUAUGUGGUCAUUUGCUUAUGUUUCUCUCUGUCAGUAUCAGUUCCACACUCUCUCUUUCUCUUGAAGGGGUCUGGGGUUCACUAUUGCUGUUGUACUGGGACUGGCUUUCAUUGAGACACCCUCCUCUCUGACCUACACCUCGGACAUUCGUUUCAAACCCAAGCCUUGGGAGCCACCCUGUGGACUGACGGAGGGGAUUGAGAUAGUCUGCCUUUGUAUCUUCAUCCUAGAUGUCACUGUGAAGAGUUAUCUGAUAGGAUGGGAGGAGUUUCGUAUGAACAAGUGGCUGAUUGGUUAUAUAGUAGUGAUUGCAGCAUCAGUUAUUGAUUGGAUGUUGAGUAUUAGCAUGAUGUGCAGUGAGAGUUUAAGAGUCAGGAGACUAAUUCGCCCAUUUUUCCUCUUGCAAAACUCUUCCCUUAUGAAGAAAACUCUAAAAUGUAUCAAAAGGACUCUUCCUGAAAUAGCAAGUGUUAUUCUGCUUCUGGCGUUACACAUCUGCUUAUUCACCAUGAUAGGAAUGCUGAUCUUUGCCAAAUCAGAUGACCCUAAGAAGAAUGGAGAAUGGGAAACCUACUUCAAAAACCUGCCAAAGGCCCUGUCUUCUCUGCUAGUGCUGCUAACGACAGCCAAUAACCCUGACGUCAUGAUUCCAGCAUACUCUCUGAACCGUGGCUAUUCUAUAUAUUUUAUUCUCUUUAGUGUGUUUGGGACGUAUUUGUUAAUGAAUCUAAUGACGGCUAUUAUUUAUAACCAGUUCAGGGGAUAUUUACUGGACCCUAAGAAGAAUGGAGAAUGGGAAACCUACUUCAAAAACCUGCCAAAGGCCCUGUCUUCUCUGCUAGUGCUGCUAACGACAGCCAAUAACCCUGACGUCAUGAUUCCAGCAUACUCUCUGAACCGUGGCUAUUCUAUAUUUUUUAUUCUCUUUAGUGUGUUUGGGACGUAUUUGUUAAUGAAUCUAAUGACGGCUAUUAUUUAUAACCAGUUCAGGGGAUAUUUACUGAUGUCAGUUCAGACGUCUAUAAUCAGGAGGCGUCUGGGUAUUCGGGCUGCUUUCGAGGUGCUGUGCUGUCCAGGCCGAGGGCACACCAGCACUCAGUCUGAAGGCCAUGUGGAGCGAGUGGCGGUGAACAUGUUUCUGCAGGUCAUGGAUAGAGUCCACAUGAAGUCUUACUGCAGGCAGGCUAUCAUUAAGGCUGCUCAGCAGUUCCCAGACGGCUUCAUUAAUGGCGAGGCCUUCCAGAGGCUCUUUAAUGAGCUGGAUAAGGAUUUUAUGAAAGAGCAUCCACCAAAACCAGAGUACAGUUCUCCUGUCCUACGGCAUAUCCAGAAUAUCUACAGUCACUUUUAUAUUACUGUGCUGGGGAAUGUUGUCGCUCUGGCAAAUGUCAUCUGUAUCUGUACUGUCUUGGUUCUGAAUUCAGAGAAAUCUGGGUCAGAGAAAAAUAACUUCUAUAUGGAGAUCCUCAACUGUAUUUUCAUCCUGUACUAUUUAAUAGAGAUCCUGCUGAAAAUAGUGGCUUUUGGUUGGAGAGGUUACCUGUCUUACAGGAAUAACAUAUUUGAUGGAUUCCUCACUGUUCUUCUUCUGGCAAUUCAGAUUGCCAUAUUCAUCACGUACAGGAUUCCCUAUGAGGACAUAGAUCCGGUUCCACAACAUGUGAUGGCUUUGUGGGAGAUGGUGCGACUGGUCAACAUGUUGAUUGUCUUCCGUUUCCUCAGAAUAAUUCCAGAAAUCAAGUUGAUGGCUGUGGUGGCCAGCACUCUUGUGGACCUGGUGAAAAACUUACGGGCAUUUGCUGGCAUUCUAUUGGUAGUGUAUUAUAUGUUUGCCGUCCUUGGUAUCUGGCUUUUCCAGGGAGCUAUAACCCCUCCAUCAAACAUGAGUCUAAUCUCCAAUGCCAGCAUAGAGAACAAAACGGAUGGUCCCUUCAGCAUGGAUUGUGGCACUUUCGAACAGCUGGAGUACUGGCCAAACAACUUUGAUGAUUUUGCUUCCUCUCUGGUUCUCCUCUAUAACAUCAUGGUGGUGAAUAACUGGCAUGUUUUCACAGACGCAUACACCAGAUACACUACAGAGUGGUCCUUGGUGUACUUUGUGGCCUGGUGGUUGACAUCUUCAGUCAUGUGGGUCAACCUGUUUGUGGCCCUCAUUUUGGAGAAUUUCACCUAUAAGUGGGACCGCAGUAAUGCUCUUUCUGUUGAAGAUGUGGAGAGAAUUGCCUAUCAAAGCACUGUACAGCUUAUUUUCAGAGAACAUGUUCAAGAGCCGACAGAAGAAGAGCUACUAGCUCAACUACAACAACAUCCUCAUCUGCACCUCUCCUGGUGACCCUAAGCUUGCCCCCCUCACCUCCACCUCACGGGACGCCUUUAAUGCAUAAUUACACCAAAACACCCAGAAUCCUCCAGGACUCCAUCACGUCUGUGUGAGCCUCAUGUUUACAUAUCCAUCCAUUUUGGAGGGCCUGUUUCCCAUUAUAGCAUCUGUGUAGCUUCAGGUCGGCCUGGGAAAGGAUGUAUGUGUUUUUAACAGCGUCACAGAGUUAAUGUUUGGAGGAACUUCAAUUUAUAAAUAGGCUUUAGCUCAAAUCACUCCUGCUGCUGGAGUCCCAGAGUCCUUGUUUAAUGCUCAAGAAAACCUGUACAGUAGUGUUUAUGAUACAGUAUCAAUACCACAGUUUUUGAUUUACCCUAUGUCUGGAAGAAUUUCAUUCUUUGAGUUUGAAAGUCUUUGUUUUUGUGAAAAAAAUCAAAAACACAUUUCCGUUGUGCAUUUUACAAAAUCCAUAUUUG